GCGCGAAGGGAGGCACAGCACACACAUCGCCGCCGGUUGCCAAACUACCACUGCUACUACUUUGGGAGCUAGCAGAAACUAGACAGCUCGACUGUUGUAGCGAGAAGUGUUUGACAUAGAAGACAUAGCUAUUGGCCUAGUUACCUUGGUUUAGCUACACACUUACACUAGCUACCUUAGCUUGAUUGAUACGUGAUCAACUGAUCAUGGCAUUAGUGCGGGAGCCGAUGGUACUGUAUGACGGCGGUUUCGACGCCUCGGAGGCGUCGGCAUUCGACUCCAUCGGCUGCUUCGGCCACGGCCACGGCCACGACGCGCUCCUAGGCGGCGUCGACGCGGCCGCGCUGUUCGGGGGCUACGCGCACGACGAGCCGGCCGGCGCCAGCGCCAGCGCCUACGUGAAGGACGGCUCGCACUGGGCCGGCGUGGGCGCGUCCGUGCUCGCGUUCGACCGUGCCGCUCGGGGCCACGGCGCGCAGGCCAUGGCGACCGCGGCCGCUCAGGAGGAGGAAGAAUGCGACGCGUGGAUCGACGCCAUGGACGAGGACAAUGGCGAGGCGGCGCCGGCGCCGUCCAUCGGCUUCGACCCGGCCACGGGCUGCUUCAGCCUCACGCAGCGGCCCGGCGCCGGCGCGCGGCGCCCGUUCGGGCUCCUGUUCCCGAGCGCGUCCGGUGGCGCGCCCUCGCCCGACAGCGCCGCGCCAGCGCCGGCAUCCCGCGGUUCCCAGAAGCGGCCAUCCGCCGGGAUUGCGCGCGCGCAGGACGCGGAGCCGCGGGCCAGCAAGAAGCAGUGCGGCGCGAGCAGGAAGACGACGGCCAAGGCGAAGUCGCCUGCGCCUGCCAUCACCUCGCCCAAGGACCCGCAGAGCCUCGCUGCAAAGAACCGGAGGGAGAAGAUCAGCGAGCGGCUCCGGACGUUGCAGGAGAUGGUGCCCAACGGCACCAAGGUGGACAUGGUCACCAUGCUCGAGAAGGCCAUCAGCUACGUCAAGUUCCUGCAGCUGCAAGUCAAGGUGCUCGCGACGGACGAGUUCUGGCCGGCGCAGGGAGGGAUGGCGCCGGAGAUCUCCCAGGUGAAGGAGGCGCUCGACGCCAUCCUGUCGUCGCAGAGGGGGCAAUUCAACUGCUCCAGCUAGAAGGAAACACGUACCGCAUCAGAUUAGAGAUUAAUCAAUAACGAACCACCUCGUUCGAAGAUUAAUAAGGAGGCAUAUGCAAACGUACAUGCUCUUGUUCUUUUACUUAAUCACUACCGUUAUAUAUGUAUCUGUAUUUUAGAGGAGCUUAGCGUUAUGUACCUGUAGAGGAGAGAGGUUUAACAUUUUGUUAAUCCGAUCCUAGCUAGCUCGAAUUUCUCUUCUAGCACGUAGUAGGUAGUACUCCUGCGACCCUUUUCUUCAAAUCAUACUCGUUAGUAGAUGAUCAAUAUAUGUAACAGUUGAUUAUUAGCAAUCGAGUUACACGGUUAGAGUGCA